AUCAUCCAAUUCGUUCAAAAAAAGAAACCGAAUCAUCGAAUUUAAAAUAUUCUAAUUUUGGUUGUAGCCGCCUGUCUUUUUUGUGUGUGUGUCAGUUAAAGUACUUGGGCUGCUGAAUUCACGAUGAGCAGAUCUAGCCACUAUCAAGUCUCUCCUUCCCUUUGCUAGUUCCACUCAGUCUCUCUCCUUCAGCUUCGUGACACCAUCGUGCAAAGAACCCAACCACCUAUGGCGCGUGUGGGAAGCACCAUCGUGCUGUACACAUGGUUGGUCAGGGGUCACCUCCACCCCAUGACGCAGCUCGCGAAUCACCUCGCCGGCCGUGGCGUUCCUGUCGCCGUCGCCGUCGCCGAUGUUCCGUCCACAGGUGACUCCUCGCAAACCAUAGCCCGCCUCUCCGCCUCCUACCCUGCUGUGUCCUUCCACCUGCUCCCGCCGGCAACAACCCGCUCCGAGGACGCGGCCGACCCCAACGCCGACCCUUUUAUCACCCUCAUCGCCGACAUCCGCGCCACCAACGCCGCCCUCCUCGCCUUUCUCAGAUCUCUCCCGUCUGUGAAGGCUGUCAUCACCGACUUUUUCUGCGCGUACGGGCUUGACGCCGCCGGGGAGCUCGGCGUCCCAGCCUACGUGUUCUUCACCCUUUGCGUGUCGGCUCUUGCCACCUUCCUGCAUAUCCCCGUCAUGCGCUCCGCCGUCUCCUUCGGGGAGAUGGGGCGCUCCUUGCUGCACUUCCCCGGAGUUCACCCAAUUCCGGCGUCCGACUUGCCGGAGGUCCUGCUCGAUCGUGACAACAGGCAGUGCGGUACCAUUAUUGGUCUCUUCAAGCAGCUGCCCAGAGCGAAGGGCAUUCUGUCCAACACGUUCGAGUGGCUGGAGCCCCGCGCCGUGAAGGCGAUAAGGGAGGGGAUUCCCCGCCCCGGCGAGCCACUUCCGAAACUGUUCUGCGUCGGUCCGUUGGUGGGCGAGGAGAGAGGGAGCAACGCGAACCACGAAUGCCUGGUGUGGCUGGACAAGCAGCCGGCGGGGAGCGUGGUGUUCGUCUGCUUCGGGAGCGCGAGCUCGGUGCCGGCGGAGCAGCUCAAUGAGAUCGCCGUGGGGCUGGAGAGGAGCGGCCACGCGUUCCUCUGGGCCAUGCGCGCGCCUGUCGCGCCGGACGCCGACUCGACGAAGCGGUUCGAGGGGCGGGGUGAGGCGGCGGUGGACGCGCUGCUGCCGGAUGGAUUCUUGGACAGAACACGGGGACGCGGAAUGGUCUUGUCGUCCUGGGCGCCGCAGGUGGAGGUGCUCCGGCACCCGGCGACCGGCGCGUUCGUGACGCACUGCGGGUGGAACUCCACGCUGGAGGCUGUCGUGGCCGGGGUGCCCAUGGUGUGCUGGCCCAUGUACGCGGAGCAGAGGAUGAACAAGGUGUUCGUCGUGGAGGAGAUGAAGCUUGGGGUGGCCAUGAACGGCUACGACGAGGUGAUGGUGAAGGCGGAGGAGGUAGAGGCGAAGGUGAGACUGGUCAUGGAGUCUGAGCAAGGGAAGGAGAUCAGGCAGAGGAUGACGACGGCGCAAGAGAUUGCUGCCAAUGCGCUGGAGAUGGGUGGAUCCUCAUCGGCAGCAAUUGCUGACUUGCUGGAUGAUUUCAAGAUUUCAACAAACAACUGAAUCGAGAGAGUACUACUUCUGAAAAGAUUUCAACAAACAAUUGAAUCGCUCAAGGCAUCAAGCAAGGGUCAUGACAAAGAGCAUUUCCAUAGCUACUUUUGAAAAAAUGUACUACUUGCUAAUCGGUCGGCCUUUUCUCGUGUAGUAGUGGAAUGCAGAUGUUAUGUAACGGUUCAGUGGAAACUGUAAAACGUAUGUGAUCAAAUACUUACCCAAAAAAGUACUCUUAUACGACGUUGUGCGUAACCUCCUUGUCAUCAAA